GUUAAAAAAGUUAAACAAUUUUCAAUUUUAAUGAAUCACACGUAUCUUGAAUUAUGGUAGUAUUAUGGAACUUUAUUUUGGUUUAUUUAUAACGUGUUAUGCCAAUAUUUAUGUUUUCUCUCAAAAUACUGUGUGCAAUUCAUCGGACAUCUGCAGGUUGUAUGAAUUAAACGGGCAUUACAUUCAAUGGCCGAAUAAAAAAGUGGAAGCAGACUAUACAUACAAUAAACAUUUUAUACCGAAAAAUAUCGUUUUUACCCGGGCUCAAAUUUGCGGCAAUCAAGUGUUCUUCGUUUCACCACGUUACAAAGAAGGCGUCCCGUUCACGUUGGGCCAUAUGUUACUCAACGGUAAAGAUAAGAGUCACAAUUAUGUUCGACCGUUUCCUACGCUGGAGAAGAACGUCGUAGACGACCACAAAGCAAUUGUAAACGCAGUAGAUAUAUACAUGGGCCAGAACGGUAUACUUUGGGUGUUGGACAUAGGAGUGGUGAAUACCUUAGAAGAGAAACCAAAAAAAGAGUGCGAAGCAAAAGUAUUAGGAAUCGAUUAUGGCAAUGGACGCAUAAUACACACGAUAACACUUAGGUCGUUGAUAUGUCGCGUACGUAGUCGAUUACAAUUCUUAGUAGUCGAAUACAUCACCGAUGACAAACCCAUUAUUUACAUCGGAGACGGAGGCACUCGGUCGAUAAUCGUAUGGAACGUCCAAGGUAAAGAAGGGCAUAAAGUGAAAUUGCCAAGUACUUCGGCAAUCACUUGUACAGAUUCUACUGCGGAGGACGUGUUCUAUCUAGUCUUGGUUGAAAAGUCGAAUUCGAGUUACAUAUAUUUUACUUAUUUGUCAAGUGCGGAAUUGUUCAAGGUGCGCACUAAAGACUUGCGGAAACGAAUCAAUCCCAGAUGCAUAGUGAGUGUCGGUCGGAAACCCUGCAAAAUGGUUAUUCUAGGAUCGGCUUACGGGUCGGUGAUAUAUUUCCGCAUCAAAGGGUUGAAACAUUUGUACAGCUGGGACGCGAGGGACGGAUUUCUGGAAGAAAACAUGAUGUGAAAAAGAGUAUUGACUGUCGUACAAUUACGCACAUAGACGUAGAUAAUGAUGGCGUGUUAUGGGAGUUGGAAAGCAACAUUGAAGAC